CGCAACCUGAACGGAUCAUUGGUCAGGUGAAGUGAAAGUGUGUGUCGUAGAUAAUAAUUGUAAUUAUUGUAAAUAAAACUUUCAGCAAUUGUGUAAAGGUGUGAAUGAGAGAAUAAUUAAAACUAUAAAGGGCAGUUAUGGAAGGUCAACAGUUUUGCUUGAGAUGGCACAAUUUUCAAAAUACAUUGCUUAGUACACUACCAAAAUUAUUGGAUGGAGGUUAUUUGACAGAUGUUACGCUUAGUGCUGGUGGUAGACAUAUCCGCGCUCACAGGAUUAUUUUAUCAGCUUGCAGUUAUUACUUCAAAGAAUUAUUUAAGGAUUUAAGUAAUCUACAGCACCCAGUAAUUGUUUUACCAGGUAUGGAGUAUGCAAAUUUAUGUGCCCUAGUAACAUUUAUGUACAAUGGAGAAGUAAAUAUUUAUCAAGAACAGUUACCUGCACUUUUAGCAAUGGCAGAUACAUUGCACAUACGUGGACUUGCGGACAUUGCUGGGAAAAAUUCUCAUAGUGAUAAUGGACUCUUCAUCCAUCCAGCGGGCACUCACGAAGACACCGAAUUAACUCAGGAACCAACAAUAAAAGAAGAAACGAACGAAGAAACACCGGCAACCGAAAUACUCGAAUCUAUUGCUCAUUCUAACGAAUCUGUGGAAGAUGAUUCACUUCUUGAUAAAGUAGAAAUCCCCUGUAGUGUUAAAACUAAACCUUACUAUUCUAUAAAUGCAAAAUUAGCGCAAAAAGAAAAGAAACAAAGCUCACAAAAUGGCUCACAGAGUAAAGAAAAAAAUUUGAUCUCUGACAAUAAAAUUGAAAAUGUUUCAGUCAAUGAAGAACAAAAUAUUUUAGAUGACGUUAAGAAUCCUAGUAUUGAUACUAAUUUUAGAUUUUUAACUUCGUCUGCUGGCAGAGGCAAUCAAAUGUGUAAUAAAACUAGUGUAAUGUGUUUAAUAUGUGGAAAACAAUUGAGUAAUCAAUACAAUCUUCGAGUUCAUAUGGAGACUCAUAGUAAUAGUUCAUACAGUUGUUCAGCUUGUUCUCAUGUGUCCAGAUCAAGAGAUGCUCUCAGAAAACAUGUUUCAUAUAGACAUCCUGUUGCGACACCUCAGAAACGUCCGCGAUAUAGUCUUACGAAACCCUAAAAUAAAAAAAAAUUUAUCUAAAAAUUUAUUCACAUUUAUUAGUAAGAAGAUUCAAAUUAAGAUAUCCCUAUUUAGUUGAUUAUUAUGCUGAUUUAAAAUUUACUUGGAUUUAAGACAAAUUUUUUAGUUUAUUUGUUUGUUAUUGUAAUUAUAACUUGUAAAUAAUUAACGUAAACAAAAAACAAAAUGCACAAAAUUUAAUAAUGGAUCACGGCAUAAUUAAAUCCAAUAAAAAGGUUUCUACAAUGUCUUAAUAUAUUCAACUUUAUAUACGAAAAACCAAAGUUUUACAGUUGAUUUGUGAAAAGCAUGGACUAAAAUAUAAAUAAGUUGUAUUGCGAUGAAUUAAUGAAAUUAAGUAAAAUACAUCGUAAUAUAUAAAGAUAUUAUAUGUUUUUAAUUUCAUUUUUUCAAUGCAAAUAAUACUUUUGUACUAUUGUUUCGUUUUAUGAGUAUUUAUAUGUAAAAAUAAUUCAAAUUAUCAGCAAGUUAAUUAUAUUUUAGUCACUGUAGUAAUUAAAUAAUUAUUUAGUUUUACUAAAAAAGAACUUAUUAAUAUCAAAAAUAUAUGCAAUUUUUUCCACGAAAGAAAUCUUUUUUACGAUCAAAUUUGCUUGUCAGUAUGAUUGAAAAUAGUAAUUCUCAGAGAAGUCUUUUUUCCGUUUUUAACGACAAAUUAAGAUUUAUUUUAAGAUCACCAUAAUGUGCCUAUAAAUAGAAAAAAAAAAUGAAACAGUAAAAAUACUUACAAGUAUAAUAACUGAUAAAAUAAUAUUUUUACGUAAAUUAUAAUUCUUUACAAGUCAAUUGUAAAUAGCUCGACGUGACCUGAAAUGACUGUUGUUUGGAUAUCUAGUCCAUUUUAGUUUUUUUGUUCUUUUUGUCGAGAAUAAAUGCCAUUGAUGAAAAAAAAGACAAAAACAUAUUGCAUUAGUAAAGUUAUUUACUUAAAUAUUUUAGUUAUUAAUUUAUCAAU